GUGGAAUCAGUUGUUUUCUGCUGAUCAAGUUCCGAAAAAUCGGUUUCUGUUUCGAUUCAGACAAAGCAAUCUAACAAAAAGAGCCUUGAAAAGAACAAUGAUCGCUACCUUUUCAGAUGUACAUCGAGCGUUCCUGCAGUCCUGUGUUCUGCACAGUAUUCUCAGUACCACCCAGGCGUUGAAGAUCCUAACAAUGCUGCAAGCCAGGCUCCAACCAGACGAUCCGGCCCCAACGGAACACCGGCUACAGCAGCUGGUUGUCGAAAUCAACGCACGUCUGGGCAAAUUCCAGCAGCAAAUUGUUCAGCUAGAUUACGAGCCAACACAAACCACCUUCUUGGUGUUUACGAAUCUUUCCGACACCCCGUUGGAUCGUUUCCAGACUGCUUACCCGGAAGCGGAACUGAGCUACUUCCGAGUGAUCCUACACACCCUGGCCAAAACCGACGGCCAUCGGUUGGGGCAGAUCGAAUGUUUGAAUCUAACCGGGAAGUUGGAAGCCGGACGGUACGUCAGCAAGAGCCGGGCCGAGGAACUGAUCGCCGAAUGGCAAACGCAGGGAUACCUUACCCUGAAGGAGGAGGAGGAGAUAGAAUUCGGACCGAAGGCGAUGGUCGAAUUUGAUCGAUACUUGACGAAUCACUUUCCGGACCAGGUGGAAAGUUGUCGCUUGUGCAAGCAGGUGCUGUUUUAUGGCAUAGCAUGUGGGCAAUGCUCGAAAAUUUUUCACAAGAUUUGUUUGAAAAAGUACAUUCCCAGAAUGAAGAAAUGUCCAACUUGCAACAAACAGUGGGCUACAUCUUUGGAAUGAUCUGAGUUUUAGUUCCGCUGUUUUUUAUCUAUCGGUUAAGAUACCUUUGUGUAGAAUAGAUUUGACCUUUGAUGAAUAACGAUAAAAA